UAGUGUGGCUUUUUUUUUUUCUCCCCUAUAUAUAUUCUGGUGCAGGACCAUCACUCAAACAGGAAUAGAAAGCAGUGGGGUUCGUUGUUGUUGUGUUGUGUUGUUUUAUUCGCAGAGGUGGACGAGUGGAUACCAACUUAGAAUGAGAGAAAACAUAGUCUUUUCUUUCUGCCUCUUUCCUCUGUAACCCUGUCUUUAUGCAGCAGAGCAGAAGGGACAACUGUGGCUAUUUAAUGCGGUGAGUUAGAGAAACAGCCUUAAAAGAACUUGCUAUUUCCUCUCCUUAUCAACAGUCACUCUAUCCCCAAACUGUAGCAGCUCAAACACUACUCUGUCCCUGAGUAAAAAGUAGUCUUGCUGAUAGGACAUGGCAUGUUGUGGAACAAAGUUCCUUUGAUUUCACUUAAACCCUAUUUUCUCUUUUGCAGGAACAGGGCUCUCUACCCAGUGUUAAUAAUCCCAGGCUGGGCUAAUAGCACAGCAACAGCUAUAUGAAUGAGUCAGCCCAAUGAUGAAAUGAAGCACUCUUAGCAGCGGAGCCAGAAGGCGGCUGCCAGGCUGUUGCUGGGCUCUGAUUUGCUUGUUGCCUCAUUUUGCUCUUCCGUAGCUGGUAGUACUGUAGAGCAUAGUAGAGUCCAUCAGUGAUCGAAGGGUGUGUGAAUCAUAGUGCAUAGCAAGGAGCAGAGAGGAUUUCUUUUUUUUUUUUUUUUAAACUACUCUUUGACCUCAAGUUUUGCCUGUUUGUCCAAGUGACAAAAUAAGCAUUGGAUAAUUUGUGUUUUUUCUCAUGAAUGACGCCAGAAUCUGUCUGUUUUGGUUGUAAAAUUACUCUGAGAAUGCCAGGUUACAGGAAAGAGGGUGCAAAUUUUGACUUCUGCCUUUCCCAGAAGAAACAAUGCUUGCUUGAAACACUAUUGAUUGUCCAGCUCUCCCACAGCAGAAGCAACGUGCAGUUGAGAUGCCUGGUACCACCAUUAUCAAUUUCCCCUUUGUCCAUGAGAGGAGGAGCAGAAUUACAGAAAAAGCCAAACAAUUUGUCAGCAGACAGCCCCUCUUUGAGCUGCAAUGUGGCAGUGUGUCUUGCAAGACAGUUUCUGUGCAGAAGAGCUUAGCCAUAACCUCAUGUUUGUGAUGUUUUUGGAGAGGCUAGUGUACUCGUUUGCAGCUUUCACAUGAGAGAUCACCUGAGAUGCGCCACCCUGCUCUCCAUCUGCCUUUACCAAGCACAGAAGUUUGAACCACAGAUUUCAUCAGACUUAACAUUGGAGAUUUGCAUAGCUUUAGCUGUUAACCACUUGAGAGAUGAAGUAAAUCCCAGAACUCAAGGACCUCAUGAGGUAAAGGCAGCUCAAGGCACUUAUCCCAUGUUGGCUAUCCCUACAGUCCUCCUGCAAGAGAAAUGGCAGAUAUUUUCUGGCCUGAGGAAGUGUCCAAUGAGACAGUUGCCAAUGCCAGUUCAGAAUUCAGCUUGGAAGCAGACUUCCAGUAUCCCCUCUUUACUGUCAUCUACAGCCUUGUCUUUGUGCUGGGACUAAUAGAAAAUGUCUUAGCUCUGUACCUCUUGUCCUGCAAAGUAAAGCACAUCUCUCAUUCGUAUGUAUACAUGAUUAACCUGGCCCUGGUAGACACCUUGUUUGUUUGUGUGUUGCCUUUUAAAAUUCAUUACCACCUGAAUCUGAACAAUUGGAUCUUUGGUGACAUGGCUUGCAGGAUAACUGGGACUUUGUACUAUAUCAACAUCUAUCUGAGCAUUGCCUUUUUCACCUGCAUUUGUGUCGAUCGUUACAUUGCAGUGUUGCACCCCUUCACGUAUAUCCAGAUCAAAGUCACUCAUUAUGUGGUGGUGGUCACAAUCCUCUGGAUGGUAGCUGUCAGUGUCAUGGUUCUACUCAUCCUUGGAGGUCCCCUCCACAACAGUGGUGUAGGGAGCAAAACAGCAUGUUUUGAGAACUUCACUACCAGUAUAUGGACUUAUCGCAUGGCAUCUUACAACAUCGUGGCCUUAGUUUUCGGUUUUGUGAUCCCUUUUUCCAUCAUUCUGAUCAGCUACCCUCUCAUUGCCAAGCGGAUCUCCCAGAUCAAACGCAGCAUUCGCAAGAGGAAAGCCCUGCGCACUAUCUACAUCAUCCUGUUCAUUUGUAUCUUCUGCUUUCUCCCAUAUCAUCUCACUCACUUGCUCCACUUCUUAAUGAGGCUUCAGGUCAUCCAGAAUGCGCCAUUAAGCAACUUGAUCUACAAAAUGCGAAGGGUCACCUUAGCUCUGGUCAGUUUCAACUGUUGCUUCAACCCACUCUUGUACUACUUCACCUCUUCCAGUAAACAAUGGCACUUCAACUUCAAGCUCCGAUUCAGGUCUAAAGGCGUGUACACGAUCUGUGACCAGAAAUUUGGGGACUACUCUUGCACUUAUGUUUAUAAGCUAGAACGGCGACAUGGAAAUAAAAACCAUGGAGAUGGGAUCAACUGACCUACUUAAAGUAAGUAAAACACCCAGCUUCAGAGAACUGUUGCGUUUUUUCACCCUGUGAAACAAGACUAUUCCAUCAUGACCGUGGAAAGAUUUUUAUCAUUUGUGGGUUAUCAGAGCUACCAGAAAGCCACUGGCCUAGCUGAAGAACCUGCUUAAAAGCCAUGGUUUACCUAGAGGACAUGAUUUUGGUAAUAGAUACAUGGACUCCCUGCUCUGCUCCAUCCCACGCCACUCACAAACGGAUGAAAUGCACGUAUAUGCAAUUGGCCUCCUGGCAUACAAGACUGCUGAAAGGAUAAGAAUAGAAGGGAAGUCAUGUGCCUUGUGUAAAGGGGAACAAGAUGUGUCUAAUGGUGGCAAUGCUAAAUCAAUAUUCUAAUUCAAUGUGCAAAACAGACUAGACACCACACUUUGACCUGGCACUCUGCAGCAGGUCACCAGGGUGCCCAUUUUAUGCUGUGCUGUCGGAUCUGGAACAAGAAAUGACAUGGAUCUACAGGAGGUAGGGAGUGGGAUUAUUGUGGCAGGAAGGCGUGGGGACAUAAGGAAGUGAUAACGGGUCUCCAGCACGUGGUAACUUUUUGCACAAAGAUGGACACUGCAGCUUCUGCCCCUAUUCAGGCAAUGGUUUGACAGCAGCUGAUGCCACAGUCUACUCUCUGGUUAAGAAUAGGAGAUAAGAGAUUUGGAAAAUAAGGAGCAUGGUAAUAGGGG